AUGAGUAGUCCGCCGUCAUCUCCCUUGAUGGACCCUGUCACCAUCAGCGAGGAUAUCGCUCCAUUGCCAUCCUUCAAGGCCAGUGGUGUUGCGGAUGUUGAUUUCGAUGGCGUUCUUUCUAAACCGCUCAAGGUGCACGAAGAUGUCCGGUCUGGUUGUGGUGGCCAGACGUGGCCAGCAGGAAUGCUUCUCGGCAAGCAUAUGCUGCGCUACCACAAAGACCGACUGGUUGAUGCUCAAAUAUUGGAACUCGGAGCUGGAGGCGGUCUCAUAGGGCUUGCCAUCGCCUUGGAAUGCUCACUUCGAAAUCCGCUGUUGGUGACAGACCAGCUGGAAAUGUUCGAGCUGAUGCAGCAUAACAUCGAGCUAAACAACUUACAAGACAAGGCGAAAGCCAUGGUGCUCAACUGGGGAGAGGAUUUGCCAGCAGCUGUACUGGAGCAAAAACCAGAUGUGAUCCUGGCUGGCGAAUGCGUCUACUUCGAACCAGCAUUUCCGCUCUUGAUGUCUACACUCAAGGCUUUACUCGAACUUAACCCCAACGCAGUUGUGUAUUUCUGUUUCAAGAAGAGGAGACGAGCUGAUAUGAACUUUGUCAAGAUGGCGAAAAAAGCCUUCAAGGUGGAAGAGAUCUUCGAUGAGGACCGACCCGUCUUUCAGCGCCAGGGUCUUUUCCUUUUCUCAUUUACCAGCCGCCCAAGUCCAACCAGAGCCACCAAGAGCCAAAGUGAUCCUCAAUCUGUUGAAUGAUGAUGGUGUGUCAAAGAGUGCUUUGUUCUGACAGCAUGAUGCUUUGUUGGCAUGCACUUAGAUACUGUCCGCACAUGUUGAGCCCUAAUAUGCGAACCCGAUUGGUUCCCUUGAAAUGAGAAGGCAAUGCUACAAGAAGACUACGAAAAAGCAGUGCUGGGGGUCCUCGACGUCUCAAGCCAUCUGCCUUUCAGAGGCAUAUGUUGCUUAUAUUUGAGUUGGGGGUGACAUGCGGGAAAGCUACAUGGGUUCCCCAUAAGUUGACUAUUAUUUCACCGAGGUCGAGAGGUUGAACUGUGAAAGACUGUAAGAGAUGCAGAGUGCCCACUCGGUCUGUUUAUUCUUUGCGGGACCUGCGUCUCUUCCUAACCUAUGGCCUUUGUUAGACAAAACACACUGUGGCCGGCUUGACCGACGGUUUUGCUUUGUCAAGAAGCAAAUGCAAACAAGGAGCGAACAGAGCGCUUGUAAAGUCGGGCUAGGGAUUUAUGAAGGCGGGAAAUUUUCAAGCACACCGCAAUACUUUGCAUCACAUCACACUAGCAAUGAAAAUAUGUUAUCGG